AUGUCAAAGAGAGGUCUAUCGGCCGAAGAGAAGAAAGUGAAGAUGUUGGAGAUCUUCCAUGAAAGUGCUGAUUUCUUCACCAUGAAAGAGCUUGAAAGGUUGGGUCCAAAGCUGAAAGGUGUUAUUACACAAAGUGUAAAAGAUGUCGUUCAGGAACUCUGUGAUGAUGGUCUCGUAUGCUUUGACAAAAUAGGAACCGGCAAUUAUUACUGGUCCUUUCCCAGUGCUGCCGGAGCCUUGAAACAAGCAGCCUUGACCAAAGCUCAGAAAGAAGUCGAGAUGGUAGAGACGAAGAUACAGGAAUCACACGCGAGUAUUGAUGAUGCGGAGAAGGGACGGGAAGAUACUGCCGAGAGACGUAAACUUCUCUCGAUUCGAGAAGACUUGACAACACAAUCAGCAGCAUUGAAGAAAGAGCUAGAAGCGUUCGGAGCGGCCGAUCCGGCCAAGUAUGAACGGAAGAAGGCUGCCGUCCAAAUCUGCAAGGAUGCAGCAGUUCGAUGGACCGGCGAAGAAUGGGAUGAUUUGAGGGUCUGA